CCAAAGCAGAAAGCAAAUCUUUCAAGCAGAAGGAGAAAGAGAUUGAAACAUCUGAACGGAGAUCCAUCGGACCGUUUUACCUCACAAGUGAAAAAAAGUUUGCUUUCUAUAAAUAAGUAGCCUAUAUAUUUAUAAGAUAAAAAAACAGGAUCAGCAUACAUAUCUUGGAUUUGUAACUGGACACAGGUCACACGUGGAAGAAGACUCUCAUCACCGUUAUCACAACUAAUUUAUCACUGGGUCUACAGUACCAGCUCAAACAUGUGUGGGAUACCUGCGCUGUCAUGAUCUCUCACUACCCUCUGGCAUCGUUGCUUCCCUGGCCGCCCAUUCCGAACUACCUGGACCUGGAUGAGGAUGGAGGGGUGGCCCUGCAGAGGUACCAGCUACGAUCUCCUGACAGCAGCACUCGACACUGGAGCUCCGUGCAGGACUGGGGGGAGGAGGUCGAGGAAGGGGCCAUAUACAACGUGACACUGAAGAGGGUCCAAAUCCAGCAGGCGGCAAACAAAGGCGCAAGAUGGCUGGGGGCGGAAGGCGACCGCUUGCCCCCGGGUCACACAGUGAGUCAGUUGGAGACGUGUAAGAUCAGGAGUAUCCGGGCAGGGACGCUGGAGCGUUUGGUGGAGACAUUACUUACAGCGUUCGGUGAUAAUGACCUGACCUACACCAGCAUUUUCCUCUCCACGUACAGAGCCUUUGCCAACACACAGGGUGUGCUGGAGCUUCUGUUGGGCAGGUAUGGCAGUUUUGAGGAUUGUGAGGGAAACCAGUGCCAGUCCGGAGAGAGCAAAGGCGCUGUAAGAACUGCUCUUGCCUCUAUCCUGAGAGCUUGGUUGGAUCAGUGUCCAGAAGACUUCCAGGAACCGCCGUCAUAUCCAAGCCUGCAUCGUGUGCUUGGUUUCCUGCAGAAGGUCAUGCCAGGCUCCGAGCCAAUGCGCCGAGCUCAAAGUCUGCUAGAACAAUUACGAGUUCAGGCCAACCUGGAAAAUGAAACUAAUGGAGGCUUUCUUGGCAGCAAUCCGUUCUGCCUCGGGGAGGAGGAGGAAGUGGAGAUCGAGGUGCAGGAGGACUUCCUGUCCUUUGAGGUCGACCUCGUAGCAGAGCAGCUGACCUACAUGGAUGCGCUGUUGUUUAAGAAGGUGGUUCCUCAUCACUGUUUGGGUUCUGUAUGGUCUCAGCGUGAUAAGAAAGAUGGCAAACACUGCGCGCCCACCAUCCGUGCCACCAUCACGCAGUUUAAUGCUGUGACUGCGUGCGUGGUCAGCACUAUCCUACGCCAGCGACAGAUACGGCCACACCUGCGCGCUCGAAUCAUCCAGUGCUGGAUCGACAUUGCACAGGAGUGUCGUAUUCGUAAGAACUUCUCAUCUCUGAGAGCCAUUGUAUCGGCACUGCAGUCUAACCCUAUCUACAGACUGAAGAGAACAUGGACUUCGGUUUGCAAAGACAGCAUGCAGGUGUUCGAGGAGCUGUCUGAUAUUUUCUCUGAUCAUAAUAAUUACCUUACGAGUCGAGAGCUGCUUAUGAGGGAGGGUACUUCAAAAUUUGCCAGUUUAGACAGCUGUGCCAAAGACCAUCAGAAGCGAUCACAGAAGCGACUGCAGUUGCAGAAAGAAAUGGGUGCCAUGCAGGGGACGAUCCCAUACCUGGGUACAUUUCUUACAGACCUGACGAUGCUUGAUACAGCACUGCCUGACCAAGUGGAGGGGGGACUGAUUAAUUUCGAGAAGCGACGCAGAGAGUUUGAGGUGAUCGCUCAGAUUAAGCUCUUGCAGUCAGCGUGUAACAGUUAUUGUCUGACCCCUGAUCCCUCAUUUCUGCGCUGGUUUAAAGGUCAACCUCUGCUCACAGAAGAAGAGAGCUAUGCUCUCUCAUGUGAGAUUGAAGGUAUGGGAGAUAACAGCCCAACAUCACCAAAACCACGCAAGAGUAUGGUGAAGAGAUUGAGCCUACUUUUCUUAGGGCCAGACGUCUCAAACACAAACUCUCCUGUGAGAGAAAGUCCUCGGUCGCCCCCUACAGGCAGCUCAGGGGAGAGCAUGGACUCAGUCAGUGUGUCUUCCAGUGACUCCAGCCCUUCAGAGGGCGAGGGCAUGACACCCACACACUCCAUAGAAACUCGUUUAAAGAAGCUGUCAGAGUCUUCCUCAUGUACCUCAUUGCACUCCAUGGACACCUCGUCUUGCUUAGCCAGGGCUUCCAUAUCUCUGGCCUCCCCGACAACGCCCGGGCCACCCUGCACUCAUCGGCGCUCGGUUUCGCUGACACCCAUGACUCCCACCUCGCCAAGUUUUUCACCUGCUUACAACACGCAAGCUCAGGAUGCUUGCAUCAUCAGAGUGAGCUUGGAGCAAGGCAACGGCAACCUCUACAAGAGCAUCUUGCUGACCAGUCAGGACAAAACUCCAGCAGUGAUCUGUCGAGCCAUGGCCAAACACAACCUGGAGGGUGAGCAGACCUCAGACUAUGAGCUUGUGCAGGUCAUCUCUGAUGAGAGAGAAUUGGUUAUCCCCGACAACGCCAACGUGUUUUACGCCAUGAGCACCUCUGCGAACUUUGACUUUCUGUUGCGUCUGCGUGGGUCUGAGGGGAGGCCGGUACAGCUGCGCAGUCGUUGCAGCUCCACACUACCAAACACACAGCAGCGCUCCAGUUUGUCCCUCAGACUCAGCAAAGUCACACUGUGACCUUUUUUGGGGCAGGGUGGGGCUUGCUAAAGGACUAUAAAAGAUGAAGUUUUGGAAAGUGGGCUUAUAGCAAAAAAACAUUUCUGAUAUUGGCAUCUUAAGUUCUUCCAUUUUGCCCUUUUGAAGUAAUAAAAUGUCAAGAUAGCAUGUGCCUCCAACCUUCUUCCCCUUCCAAAAAUCCCUUCAUUUAAACAUGCCCAAGCCUCCCUAUUGCUGGAUAUUUUGCACAUGUGCAGGAAAGUCUCCUGCUCCUUAUCAGUAUUUUCUUAUGAGCACAUCAUCUCUUCCCAGGCAGGAGGCCUGCUUUUCUUCAGCAGAGAGUGAGAGGAAAUGAAAUGAACUUUGGGAGGAGAAAUGAAGUGACAGCCAUGUUGCCUUAUCAAGGGUAAUGAUGGAACUCUUGCAUCAGUAUUGAAGAUGAUUUGCCGGAGCUGCGAUGAAGUCGUCAAUGAAUUUUUUCCUUGUCCUCUUGUGCACCGUGUGGACAAAGUGGACUGCAACCUUAGACUUAAAGUGCUUAGACUGGCUGCUGUCAGUCAAGAUCUGGGCAUAGCAAACCAUAGAAUUCAUUUUCUUAAUACUUCAUCUUUGUUAAGGCCAAAUUUGAGAAAAGAGUACCUAUGUCCUCUAUGUAUAUGAAUGAUACACAUCUAUGGUGAACCAUAAGGUGUUUGAAGUCUAUGGCCUAAUAUUCAAUUUCUUGCUGCCUUUUUUCAUGAUCUCUGCCUAUUCUAAGCAUUUUAUAUCUAUUACUGUGCUUCUCAUAUUGUGAGCUGUGUGAUGAAUGCAGAAAAUGUGUUCGGAUUGGUUCCUGCUUGGUUUUAUCAAGUCUAUGGAAUUUUCUUUCUUUUGAUUGGAUCAAUGUUGUGUCUUUAAGGUGUAAUAGCACCUGUAGGAUGGGUUUUUUUCUUAAACCUGGAUUGAGUUGCCUUCCUUACUGAUACAGUGGCACUUGCGAAGGUGUGGGCGGAGUUAGGGGUGUGUCUUAACAUGCUUGGUCCACUGUUGUAGCCUUUCUUUCUUCUGUCUUCAGCGAUGCUAUAUUAAUUAUAUACUUUUCUUUCUGUUUAUUUUUAUAUGUAUGUUUUUGUAAGAGAUGAAGAAAUGUCCAUUAUAUCUAUGAGAAAAGGAUUUUGUAAGACUGAGUUUUUAAAAGAGAAAAUUGAAAAAGCUGUGAAAUAUGAGUGUGUGUGGUUGUUAAGUGUGUAUUACAACAGGUCAGGCAUUUUCAAUAUCACAAGAAGCACAAUAAUUCACUCAUAGUUCACCAUGUGAAACAUUGUCCAAAGCCUAUUGGUGUUACUGUUGGGCAUCUGAUAAAUAUCACUUAGGCUUGUCUUUAUAUAAAAAUAUGUUUUACACUAAAACUAAUUGUUUUACACUCAGGCAUUUUAGCACAUAAACAUUUCAAAAUGCUUAUGGUAUUCUUGCCUUAACAUGGUUCGAUCUUUACAUCAUGCCAUAAGACCUGUUAGUCUGAUGUCUCAUACAUGUUAGUAUUUGUUUAUGUUUAGUUUUAUACAUCACGGGUUCAUUAACCAAGACCCUACUAAUUUGUCAACAGACAACAAAUUUGAAAAGUGCCAAAAUUGCCCUGUUUUUAUUCUCUAUUGUUAAUAACACCAAUAUUUGUUAUAUUGAAUAGUUAUUAAAAAGUUUUCAAUGACACUAACACUUUCAAAAAGUAAGAAAGUUGAGUCUUAAAGUAGCUGAACUGUGUUUAUUUUGGUCUUUGUCUUGGUAUUCAGCACUUUUGAAUUUUCUCAAUUCUUUAUUUUGAAUAUUUCUUCACUACCAAAGAAUUGUCUGUCUAACGCUAAAUUAGUGAAUAAAUUAUUAUCAUUGCAAUGCUGUUUGUAAUUGAAUAUUAAUUUUCAUUAAAUGGAAACUCUUCAGUAUGGUCA